AUGGGCCUCUCGAAUUGGAGAGGGGCCGACGGAGAGAGGCCAGCAGAGGAAGACAGGAGAGAGGCCUCUGGAUUUGGUCAGGUAGCGGCGGCGGAGGGUGGGGGAAGGGGAGGCAGUGGUGGGGUGGCCGAUUUGCAGAGAUCGGCGCCCGGUGGCAGAUGGUGGGGGAAGGAGAGGAGGGAGGGCGGCGGGUGGGGGAACAAGGGAGAGGGGGAAGAAGACGGGGGAGGGGAGGGGAUGGGGAAAGGGAGGCGGCGGCGGUGGUGGUGUGUGGUGUGGCCGAUUUGCAGAGAUCGACGCCCGGUGGGGAGGGCCGAAGGCGGCAGGUGGGGGAACGGGGGAAAGGGGGAAGAAGACGGGGGGAGGGGGGUUUAA